UCUCCAUUCAAUCAACAUCCUCUCCCCUGCUUCACACGAGUCGGCCAUGCUGAAUGGAGAAGGUCCGAGAGGCCCCGCAGGUGGAAUGGCGGCAAAGAGAAGAGCGUCUGGCGGAUCAACGACCGAGGUCAAGCCCGGCGGCAACUGGAAAGCGCUGCGCAAGACUCUCGAUACCAGUGAGUCCCCGGCAAAAAGGCGCCGUAGUAGUAUCACCAAGGGCAAAGCCCGCGCAAUGGAGGACAGCCACGUCUCUGGCUCUCCGGCUCCCACCUCUCUCCCCUGGUUCGCUGAGGAUCUCUCACCAGAAGAUCUCGCCCUAGUCCGUAACGCCUCGGCCGCCGUUGCCUCCACCGCAACGGGCAUGGAACCCUCAUCCUCUUCUUCACAAUGGACAGCUGGCGGCUCGUCGAGCAGCGCAGCAGAGGAGCGCCGCAAGAAGCAGAUCAUCCUUGGCGGGCAGUGGGAUGGGGCUGAGAGCUCAGCGGCCAAGCGCGAACCUGGCAAUUACAUCGCUAUCGACUGCGAGAUGGUCGGUGUGGGGCUCAAGGGAUCAGAAUCCGUUCUUGCGCGGGUGUCCAUCGUCAAUUGGCACGGUCAUACGUUGCUAGACCGCUUCGUUAGACCUAUGGAGAAGGUGACGGACUAUCGUACUUGGGUCUCCGGCAUCAGGGCUAAGGACCUUAAGGGAGCUCCGACAUUGAAAGAGGUGCAGGGCGAGGUGGCCGCUCUGAUCAAAGGCAGGGUUUUGGUGGGACAUGCCAUCCAAAAUGACCUGAAGGCUCUGCUGCUUUCUCACCCGCGCCCCUUGAUCAGAGAUACCGCUACUUUCAAGCCAUUGCGGGACCUGGCACAAACCAAGCAUCCCGGUCUGCGCAAGCUUGCCAAGCUCGUGUUGGGCAUCGAGAUUCAGGCGGCUGGGGAGGAGCAUUCAAGUGUGGAGGACGCGAGGACUACCAUGGCUAUCUUCCGUACUCAGAAAGAUGCGUGGGAGCGAGCUUUGAAGGGGGAGGGAGGUGGGAAGAAGGGCAAGGGUGUGAAGGCGGACAAGGUGGGAGCAGGGCAGCCUGCUGAGCCUGGUAUGGCCAAGGGCGUGGCAAAGGAAGGAGAGAAAGUAGAGGCGAGAAUGAGAAAGGGCAUGACGGGGACUGAAGGAGGACGGAGCAAGAAGACUCCGAAUGGAUCGCUCAGCGCGACUGAUGGCGUUGCGAUGAGACGGCCGGCCAAACGCCAAGAGACGACGCCGGGAUGGUGGAAGCAGGGGAUUUAGAGUAGAGUAGACGCAAUGCCUCGUAUCGCAAUGCCUCAUAUAUCACGUCAAUCAGAUUGUUACUAUGUUAC